AUGUCUAUACAGCAUCCAACCUCUCUGGAAAGCUUCCUACAAGAGGUGCAAAGCCAAUUCGAGCAACGAUUGCGGAUCGAAGACCUACUCGCCUUGUCGAAGAAGCUUCAAGCUGAGCUUCAAGAGCAGCUCACCUCCGGCGCGCAGUCACAACGCAUGCUGCCUUCUUUAAACUAUGAACUACCUACGGGACAAGAGCAAGGAACAUUUUUGGCGUUAGAGGUUGGUGGCUCAAAUCUACGGAUGGCGCUCGUGGAGCUUAAUGGAAGGGAUUUGGGCAUGCGGAUCCAACAAACAAUGUGCUUUCCCAUAGAUACGGACAUACGGCAGCUGAAGGAGUAUGCUUUCUUUGACUGGAUGGCUGAGCGGAUUGGGGAAUUGCUUGGGGUGGAAGCCAAACCCUCGGGCUAUACGGCAGGCAAUGGACCUCUACCAAUGGGCGUUGCCUGGUCCUUUCCCCUCGAGUCAGUCCAGACCAUGGGACCUACAACACACGUCCGAGACCAAAAGCUCAAUGUUCGUCUUGACGCCAUAGUCAACGACUCCUCCUCAGCCCUCCUUGCCCGCGCGUACCUCGAUCCUGCCACACGCUUAGCUACGAUUCUCGGAACCGGCAUGAAUGCCGCUGUACAUUUGCCAAUUGCCGCCCUGGAUUCGUCCAAGUUCCGAUCAAGGGCGUCACCAGUGGGAAAUAUUACCCACGUCCUGACCAAUACUGAGCUCAGCAUGUUCGGCAAAGGCAUAUUUCCUACGACUCGUUGGGACGACAUUCUUAAUACUGCACAUACCCUCCCAGACUACCAGCCGUUCGAAUACCUUGUUGCGGGCAAGUACACUGGCGAGAUUGUACGGUUGAUAAUUGUGGAAGCUACACAAACAGCCGGGCUUUUCGAUGGACUACUGUCACAAUCGUUUGGCAAUACUCCUUAUGCAUUUGACACCAAGGAUCUGGCUUUUAUCGAUAUUGACACAUCACCUGGGCUUGCAGACUCGCGCGCUUUGUUCCAGCAACGGCAUCCAUUCCCUCAUAUGCCAAGCGAGAGGGAUAUCGUGUUCAUCAAAGACGUCGUGAGACGGGUGUCCACCCGCUCGAUUGCCUAUUUCACGGUCGGAAUACAUGCGUUAACGGCAAUGCUUCAAAAGCUAGAGACCAUAGACAUGGACCAUGUCACCAUUGGCUGUGAUGGCAGCAUCAUCAAUAAAUACCCUGGCUACAUGGAGAGGGCGCAGGCAACUCUGGAUGAAAUGGUAACACAUGACAGCGUUGCAGGAAAAAAGAGAAUAGUUUUGGAGAGCACGAUAGACAGUGCCGUGCUUGGAGCCGCUGUUGCGGGGGCUAUGGCCGCCAGUGUGGUGAAUUCUUGA